AUCCUCCUCUCAACACAAAAAUGGCAGCCCACAUCGGCAGAAUCAACCUCCUCCCCACCGCCAGGUCCCUCCCCACCGGCGUCCCUCUCGCCCGCGGCAUCGCCCUCAACGUCGCAGCCCCCGCCGAUCCCCACCACGCCCACGCAGCCGGCCCUAGGCCCGACGUCCCCGCCGCCUGGGCCUUCAAGUCUGGCGCCCGAGGCCACCUCGGCAGGACCAACGCCCUCCCCACAACAUCCUCUUUCCAACAACGAUUCAUCUCCACCACCCGCUCCGUCCCUGCUGCCGCCGGCGCCUCUUCUGCCACCGGUGUCCCCGAUUUCAGCGAUUACCGUGCCAAGAACCCCAACACCACCAGGAAUGUCUCGUACUUUAUGGUCGGUGCCCUCGGUGCUUUGUCUGCCUCUGGUGCCAAGAGCACUGUUGUGGACGUUCUGAGUAACAUGGCGGCUUCUGCGGAUGUGUUGGCUUUGGCCAAGAUCGAGGUUGAGAUGGGUUCUAUUCCUGAAGGCAAGAACCUUAUCGUCAAGUGGCGAGGAAAGCCAGUUUUCAUCCGACACCGAACUCCUGACGAGAUCGAAGAGGCCAACGCGAUCGACGUCAAGACUUUGCGUGAUCCCGAGACCGAUGAGCAGAGGACGCAACGACAGGAAUGGCUUGUCAUGCUUGGUGUCUGCACACAUUUGGGUUGUGUCCCUAUUGGUGUGUUUCGUCCGUCUUUAAAUCUUGUACAUGCUGACGCCUCGCAGGUGAGGCUGGUGACUACGGAGGAUGGUUCUGCCCUUGUCACGGUUCCCACUACGACAUUUCCGGCCGAAUUCGACGAGGUCCUGCUCCUCUCAACCUCGAAAUCCCCGAGUACUCUUUCAACGACGACGACGAGAAGAUCCUCAUUGGUUAAGAUGAGAUCAUAGAGGGUAGAGGAGGGGGUAGAGAGAUGAGGUGCAUGUGGACGAUCGGUUCUGUUGGGUUUAUUGCGCUUGCAUGAACAUUUUUUUUAGCUCCAAUCAGGUGCGCGCGGCGUCUGCCAAAACGCGCCCCUGGGGUAUCUUUCGACCAAUCGGAGAGUUGGAAUAAGUAUGAGCGGAUCUUGAUCGUAUCAGAGUGAUUCUCGAUGCUCUGCAUGACGUCCGGUAGUUCUGUCCCCCGACCGAUCAUGGAAUCUGGGAUUGGUUUCCUGCGUC